AUGCGUCUUCGAACUUCCAAUAUAUCACCUGGUACCCAGGACACAACACUCGGCCAUAAAGAUAUUCCGGUAUCCACUGUCACUAAGACAUUCCACGAUGCACUGGUGGUGACAUUGAAAUUCGGCUUUCAUUACUUCUGGAUAGACUCCUUCUGCAUUAUUCAAGAUGAUGUCGAUGAUUGGAAGAAGAAAUCUUUCCGUAGGGCUAGUGUUUAUGGUGGAUCCAGCCUCAAUAAAGCCGCUACUGGAGCUCAUGAUGACAAUCAUGGACUGUUCUUCGAUAGAAAUCCGAACCUUAUCCGGAGGGCUGAGUUAAUGACCGGCAAUUUCGAGGAGCGGGGUAGGCCUGAAACUAGCGAGUCUCAAGAGGAUCGAUCAAAGGUUUUUGUUUGCACAAAUUUGAAUGCCUACAAACGAUCUUGCCUGGAUUCAACAUUAUUCCAAGCGUGGACGUUACAAGAACGUCUUUUAAGCCCUCGAACUCUACAUUUCGGUAGACAUCAGAUUAUACUUGAACGCUAUACCUGCACAUGUUUUGAUGCGUUUGCAGAGGUGGAAGACAAGCGUUUUUCGACACAAAAACAGCUGAAAGAUCUUCAUUAUGGGCUUCUCUGCGAUAAGCUUGUGGCGCUCUCAGGUAUCGUCAAAUACUUCGCAAGCAAGUAUAAUGCUGAGUACCUGUCAGGAAUAUGGAAGGAGCAUCUUCCUUCUACGCUCUUGUGCCAUGCUAAAGUUUGCCUACUAAAAAUCACUAAUGCGGCCCCGGAAACUAUCUGGAAUGGAGCCGAAGCAGGUCUCUUGAUUACCCCCGUCGCCGGUAGGAAAGAUUCCUUCACCCGCAUUGGAGCAUGUUUCCCUAACAGUGAUUCGUGCCUGGCGGGUAAUAUGAAAAUUCUUGAGGAUGCACAAAAAAGCCUUGAUCUAGUACGCGAUGAUGAAUUGUCUUUUUAUGAAGGGAUCUACGAAAUCAACGAGGCCGGAAAGCAAAUGUACAUCAUUAUACUAAUCUAG